GAGGGUGUAGGUAGAGCGGGGACGCACAUAAUCGGUGCACGCACGCGUGGUGGGAGUGAAACCGUUUGUUCGCGAAGGGCUAGCUCAGCUAGCUCUGGCUAGCUCUUGCUCGCAAUCAGGGAAAACGGGUUCGCGGCCGUAUGUUCUCGCAUUUCUCGCGUUUUUCGCGCGACACUCGAGAAUCUCGUGAAAGGGAGAAGCGUCGCGCUUCAUCGUCUGCUGGUGCCCCCACCUCUGUCUUCGCGACCAGAGUGCAAAUAGUCCGCGGACGAAGAGCCAGCGCGUCAAGUGCGCGCGGGGGAGUGCGCGAGUGCGAGACGUGCGAGUAGUACAGCUCGUAAACAGUCGUAAACGCGAGUGUGUCCGGAGAGACAAUCAGUUCGACGUAGUGGCGUUUAUACACGGUGCGUGCGUGUGCGUGUGUGUGUGUGUGCGAGCGAGUACAUCGCUGAACGUCGUCGUCGUAGUGCUGAACGCAUCGCCACGGCCACGAUCGAGAUCGCAGUCGACUUCAGGUGGUUUGACGUCUGACUUGGUCUGACUGCGGGCAGCGGGUACGCGGUACGCGGUACGCAGCUGCUGGUUCGUCUCCUCCGGUCUUCGCUCGUCGGAACUGUCGGAAGGCGAACGUCAUCGUGACGGCGGGAGCGAGCGACGUAAACGGGACAGCUCGCGGGGGAGAGGGCACGUCGAGCGUGCGUAUGCUGCAAAAUCUGGAGAGGACUUGGCGAAUGGGGGCACGGGUUGACGUAUGAAUGGUGUCGGGGUCACAGGGACGCGCGCCACGUACGUGAAUCCACUUGACAAGAUGUCAACGACCACCAACAUCAACGAUUUGACGGCGGAUCUCCCCAAGGAAGGGACGCCGAUCUUCCUGCAGACCCGCGCGGCCCAGGUCAUCGCCGGUGUGUUUGUGUCCGUGGCGCUUUUCCUCACUUGCCAACAGAUCUAUCAGCAUCUAAGGUGGUACACGAAUCCAACGGAGCAGAGAUGGAUAGUGCGAAUUUUGUUCAUCGUGCCCAUCUAUGCUAUUUACUCGUGGAUCUCGCUCCUGUUCUUCAACAGCGAGAGCUAUUACGUUUACUUCUUCACGGUGCGAGACUGUUACGAGGCGUUUGUUAUAUAUAACUUUCUGUCGCUGUGCUACGAGUACCUAGGAGGUGAGGGCAACAUCAUGUCCGAAAUUAGGGGCAAGCCGAUACGUUCCAGCUGCCUGUACGGCACCUGUUGCCUGGUUGGAAAAACCUACACCAUCGGUUUCCUAAGAUUCUGCAAGCAAGCCACUUUGCAGUUCUGCCUGGUUAAACCAGUGAUGGCGUUUGUCAUCAUAUUUCUGCAAGCGUUUGGUCAUUACAGAGACGGAGAUUGGUCACCCGACGGUGGCUACAUUUACAUCACGAUUAUUUACAAUAUUAGCGUAUCGCUUGCGCUUUAUGGGCUGUUUCUGUUCUAUUUCGCUACGAGAGACCUGCUGACGCCGUUCGAGCCUGUGCUCAAGUUUUGUACAGUCAAGAGCGUCAUCUUUUUGUCGUUCUGGCAAGGAGUUUUGCUAGCGAUCUUGGAGAAAGCGAAUGUCAUUUCGCCCGUCAUAAAUAGUCUGGGUCAAUCAACGAGCGCUGGUACAGUCUCCGCCGGUUACCAAAAUUUCCUCAUUUGUAUCGAAAUGUUAUUCGCUGCUAUAGCUUUACGUUACGCGUUCCCGUAUCAAGUAUACGCAGCUGGCUGUGUUACUGACUCCAGGGGUAGAAGCGUGACGAUGCAGAGUAUCAGCAGCAGUUUGAAAGAAACAAUGAAUCCAAAAGAUAUUAUGACCGAUGCCAUCCAUAAUUUCCAUCCACAGUAUCAACAGUAUACACAAUAUAGUGCAGACGUUAAUACCAACUUGCCGUACGAAAAGCUAUGACACAGUGAGGCGUCACUUUUUUAAUUUCAAGAAAUUGGACAUCGAGCUUUAUGCGCGACUUUAAAUGAGGCUCAAAAGAUACUUCAAACAGCACUAUACUUUGCUUACGGAAUUAUACACAAUGCCUUAAAGAUUCGUAUCUGUCUACAAAGGGUCGAUAGAUAAAUGAAUUCUCAACUGAAUUUACAACAAAAGGGUUGUACUUAAUAUAUCAUCGAUAUAUACGUAUUAUAUGCAUAUAAGACGCAUCAAUUUUGCGAUUAACAAACUCUGCUGUAAGAUAGAAGUUAAGCACUUAACAUAAGAGGAGCAUUUAGGAAAGAGAAAGAAAAAAAAGAUGGGAGAGAGAGUGUGGCGUACUUCUAUAGUGUUGCUCUAUAAUGUAAUUAGGUAUUGGUUAAUAUAUCGUGUUUUUUUUUGUUUUUUUUUCCAUAACAUUGUAACUAUCAUCUUAAUUUUAUUGCUUUUAUUUUAUUCCUAUCACAUGGUACAAUGUAGCAUGCGAAUAUACGGCAUGAAACGGCCGAGCAUGUAAAGCACAUCAUUAUGUCCUCUUUCCCGACAGUACAGCGUACAUUUACAGUGGCAAAUUUAUCACAAUCCUAGUUGCUUGCGAUUAUUUUAUUUCUUAUAUAUUAAUAAUAAUUUGCAUGUGAGUCGUUUAUAUUGCGAUUAAAUCGCAUAUAUAUAUAUCUUGCACUUUUGUAUACGUGUAAGAAUUCGAACUUUAUUGCUCUGAUCAAACCUUUCGAGCAGCUUAAUGAUGAUCGCUAUUUGCAGUCAAUACGAUUCUGAUCCGCUUUAUUUCGUUAAUUUGGUCACUGCAUCGACAAACAAAUACAAAAUUGGACCAGAAAUCACUUGUUUUUAUUUGUAAAUGAACAAAUAAAAACAAUAUAAUCAUUUUCAAAUAAAAAAUAAUUUUUUAUAAAAUCUGUAUAAAAAUUAAUCUAAAAAGUAUUUGCAAUUUAUUAUUUUGAAAUUUUAUCACUCUUUUUAAUAUUUUUAAUUAAAUAUUUAUUGGUGUUCAGCGACCUGAUGCAGUAAUAUUACGCGUAUUAUUCACAGCGAGCUCGAAAUCACCAAAAUUCUACCGAGUUCAGAGUUUGGAUACAAUAGUAUAAAAUUUGAAUAAAAAUGGUGUCUAAUGGUUUUUAUAAAUGAAAGAUUCUUCAUAGCGUACAGGAAACUGAAUUCAUCGGGAUUAUAUCGGUUGCGAAUGUCGAUUUUGCGAAUGCAGUUCCAGAGCAAGAAUGUUCGAGAUGUAAAUGUGACAUUUUGAAGAGAAUUAGCCGUCUACACUAUACUCUGUUAAAUUUUAUGAUCACAAAAUUAACAUAAAGAAUGGACGCGUGUAGGACACGCCCGUGCAAUUUUAAAGCAUUUAUUGACCGACAGGCACGUGUAUCUCGUAUUUUUGCUCACUGUAAUGUAUAAUAAUGAUGUAACAAUUAGGAGGCCCGAAAGGACAACGUGGUAUGCGAGUAUCCAGCUUCGAUCCGGAUGAUCCGCAAAACAUGCCGGUGCCACCACCACAAAGGCGAAACACUUCUCACCAACGCGUUGCCACGAUUUCGCAAAAUUAUAAUGAGAAAACGAUGUUAUUGAGUAGUGACGACGAAUUUCAGUAAGGCACACGGAUGUUUUGGGGGAAUGUGAUUUACACUCGAGAAUUAUGUCGACAAACGUUAUAACGCGAGACUUCCAUGAACCUCUAGAGAUCUGCUUUCGAGAGGGAAAAAAAUGCAAGAGAAAAUUUAUGUUUUAAGCGAUUCGCACGCGUAGCGAAUGUAAUUAGAUAGGAACAUUUUCUCGCGGACAUUAAACUAGGAGAAAAGAAGGAACGGUGGGCAUAAGAAUGCAUUGCGUUUCACUAUAAUAGUUCCAUAAUGUUACAUCCAUGUUAAUAUAUGUAUUAUGUUAUAACAUACGAGUAAAAAAAUAGUAUAGAAGAUAUUUAUUUUACUAUGCUGACGUGUUUGAGGCAGUGUUAACCGUACACCCGUGGCUCUACUACGACACUGCAAGAGGUAUUAAUUGCACGAUAAUACUUACUCUUCGUAAUGAAUAAGUAAUUGUAUAGUACUUAAUUUCACGCGCGGUAUAUCGAGUCUCCUCGGAGUACAGUUUGUACGUAAGCAUCGACACUUGUUUACACUUUUGUAUCUGUUUUUAUUUACGCGUUGCAUUUAGCAAACUUUGACUUUUGCAAUCUCGUAUCCGUAUUCGUAAGAAGCCUCGCGAGCCACAGGAAUAUUUGCGUCCUUCUCCACAAGUCCUUCUGCAAAACUUAUUUCUUUGGUCUCUUACAAAAUUCCAUACGUGUAUAUAUCACCGAUGUAGAUUAGGUUGGAAAAUGCGGAGAAGUUGACGAGUUUUCCUUCUCGACGAAAGCCUUUCGAUAUAAAAAAAAACAAAGGAAGAUAUAAAACAAUUAUAUGCGCAAGAAAGACUAUUGACAAGCAUCGUGUCGAAUAUGAAUAAAUAUUUGGUAUUUGGUGUCUUACGUGUACAACUGUGUAUAAUCCUUAUAUUUUUUUUAAAAGCAUAAGAGACGAUCGAAGUUAACAAAGAUCUAUUUUAUAUGAUAGCACGUUGUGCCGAAAUCUUUCGUCGCCGUUUAAGAACGAAGUGAACGUGUAAAUCUGUGAACAAAUUUUAUUGUCCUAUUACAUCUCGUAAUAAAGAUAAGACACAACUACAU